AUGUCGAAGCCAGAAGAAGAGCAAGUCUUCAACGUGGAAGAUCCAGCGGGAGAUGUAAACAUUGAAGAUUCUGACCAACGUCUCAUGAAGCUGGGUUACAAGCCAGAAUUCAGGCGUGAAAUGUCUCUCUUGGGAGUCCUUGGAAUCUCGUUCUGUGCGAUCGGUAUCCUCACGGGCUCAAGCGCGGCAUUUCAGGCCGGUUUAUUCUCUGGAGGUCCACUGGGUUUAUUCUGGGGAUGGAAUAUUUGUUCAUUCUUCAUGCUCCUCAUUGCCUUGAGCCAAGCCGAAAUCUGCAGCGCAUAUCCAACGAUGGGUGGAUUGUACUUUUGGGUAUCAAAACUUAAGCCUGAUUUCCCUGUUCUUGCCUAUUGCACGGGUUGGAUAUACGCUAUUGCUAUGAAUUUGACAGGGACUUCAGGGAACCUUACUGUUGCGCUCUUUAUAGCUUCCCUUGUCGAAGUAGGGUCAGGACGCACACUGACCCGAGUACAAAUAGCAGCUAUUGCUUGGGGGAUUAACAUCCUGAGUGGCGUAAUUAACACCAUCGGCACAAAGGCGAUCGGGAGGAUGAGCACAUUCAACAUUUGGUGGACACUUGGGGGAACAUUCGUUCUUGUCAUAACUCUUUUAGUCAAGGCCCCAGUGAAAAACUCUGCAGAGUUUGUCUUCACAGAUUUAGAAAACUUUACAGGUUGGGGUUCGAAAGGUUUUGUAGUACUUCUUGGUUUCCUCCAAGCAGUAUACUCCCUGGAAGGAAGCGAAACAGCCGGCCAAGUAGCAGAGGAGGCCCUACGCGCAGAAUUCCUUGCACCCAUGGCCGUGGUUGGCAGUAUCAUUGGCUCAUGGAUUAUUGGACUGGCGUACAUGCUUGCGCUUCUGUUCUCUGUUCAGAGUAUCACCAGCAUUCAAACCACUUCUUACGCCAUCCCUAUCGCUCAGCUAUAUCACGACGCCAUAGGAACGCGCUUGACCCUCAUGUGUCUGACUGUAAUUUGUUUAGCUCAGUUCAUGGCUGCUGUUACAGCAUUUACAGCAUCCUCGAGAUUGUAUUAUGCGCUUGCUAGAGAUAAUGCUUUCCCUGCGAAGGGUGCGUUUAUGGCAUUGAAUCGAUUUCAAGCACCCUUCGUUGGAAUUUGGAUGUCGGUUCUCAUCGGGUGUGUGGUUUCCUGUGCUUACAUUGGAUCGGUCAUCGCGUUCAAUGCGAUAUUGUCUUCUGCUGCCAUUGCUGUAAUGCUCAGCUAUCUGCAGCCAAUAGCUAUUCGUGUAUUCUGGCCCUCAUCUCUCCAAGUCCGUGGACCCUUUCAUCUUGGAAAAUGGUCAUGGGUAAUCAACGCCGUAAGCCUCGCAUUUACAUCCUUCAUAUGCGUACUCUUCAUCCUUCCAACAGCAUUUCCGGUUAACAAGACCAAUAUGAAUUACGCAGUAGUUUCCAUAGGAGGUAUUGGAAUGAUUGUGGCUACGACGUGGAUCUUCUGGGGGCGCUUUCAUUACAAGGGUCCUGUACUAACCAAUGUAGCUCAACGCCCUGAAUCUGCAUCCUCAGAUGAAAAGAUGGCAUAA